AUGCAGGUCUACAAACUAGCCAUACUUCCUAUUGCCUCCAGCUGUUGCACUGAGGUUUCACAUCAUAUUUCCGGAAGGCUUCUGGAAAGAGUAACUGCAUGUCGCAUCCAGAGAGCUGAUGGGGAUUGUGACUUGGCUGCUGUCAUCCUUCGUGUCAAGCGCAGAAGAAUCUGUGUCAGCCCGCGCAAUCACACUCUUCAGCGGUGGGUGCAGGCCCAAGCAGCCAAGGGACAUGGCAAAGGCAACAUCUGCCAUAAGAGGAAAGACCACAGCAAGAGGAACAGAAAAGGGGCACGUCGAGGGAGACGUGAAACAUAUGACCAUAAAACUCCUUCUUAA